GUUUUCGUGUUUAUAGAACCAGAUAGAACCUACUUACUUAUAGAAUCGAAUUAAAUGUCAUGGUACCUACCUAGCUAUCCAUAUUAUUCUGUGUUCUAAACAAGCCCACAGCGCCUGAGUGAAAGCAAUAUCAAAAUUUAUAUUUGUUAACUUGUUCUGAUCAUGUAACCCAGGAGAAACUUUUUAUUAUUAAGGUUUUUAGUUUGAUUAUAUAUAUAUGACAAUGGCUCCAAAACGAUCAAAAAGAGGACGCCCACCGAGUAAAAAGCUCAAAAAGUCUAAUUCUAACGCCUACAAAUUUCGUUGUGUAAACUGUAAUCGAAAUUUCACAAAACCUGGAUUAACUAGACACCUGUGUAAAAGCAACUCUCAAAGUAACAUGUCAGAUGAACUUUACAUUCCAAAGGCUACAUAUAAUUGUAAAGAAUGCAAUAAGAAAUUUAAAUUUAAAAAUAACUUCAAACUACACUGUCUCAAUGAGCAUUCAAAGUUACCAAAUGCUGUUUCCUGUGACCAGUGCCAUGUCCGCUGUCCAAAUACAGAUGUACUGGCAAAACAUAUACAAAAUAUUCAUGAGAGACAAGAAUUUGAAUGUGAAUACUGUAUGAAAAAGUUUGUAAGACAUUCACAUGUUUUAAGACACAUGAUGCAGUCUGGUUGUAAUGGCAAGAACAUUUCACUAUUUUGUUGUGAGAUAUGUGAUGCAAAAUUUACAAGGAAAGAUAAUUUACAAGUUCAUCUCCGACUUCAACAUAUCAUAAAAAAUGGUUACUUUUGUAAAUUUUGUCCUCAUCACACUAAAAAUUUUUCCAAAUUAGUCAGGCAUUGGCAAGAAACACAUUUAGAAUCCUUAAAGUUUGAAUGUGACCACUGUGGGAAAACAACAAGUUCCCGGGCUGCAAUGGUUAAACACUUGGAGAUCCAUGGUGAAAAGUCACACCAUUGUGAUGUGUGUGGCUAUAGUACGUUCACGGCAGAGGUGCUUAGGCGACAUGUACUAACGCAUGCCGUUGAAAAACCAUACAAGUGUACACUGUGUGGCAACUCCUUCAUACAGCGAUCGCAACUACAACGCCAUCUGGAGAAACACAACGGCCACACAUGUCUUGAGUGUGACCGCAGUUUUACCACUAAAGCUGGGUUGCUCGCCCACGUAAGGGAACAUAAAGGGCUCCAGAAACUAUUAUGUCCAUUUAAUGAUUGCAUCUAUUCUAAAAAAAUAUUUAGUAAUGAACAAAGUUUAGAUGCCCAUAUAAAAACCCACUUGGACGCUAAACCGUAUGCGUGUGAGGUGUGCGGCAAGCAAUUCCAUGCGGAGGUGAAUAUGCGGCGGCACGUGAGCACGCACCGGCUGGAUCGGCCGCGCCGCUGCAUGUACUGCGUGACGGCGCGCGCCUACAUCCGCGGCGAGCAGCUGCUGCGCCACGUGCGCAAACUGCACCCGGACAUCUUCCGCCAGCACCUCGUGCAUGUGCGGCAAGUGCUGGGAAUGAAUGUUGGUGUAGAACGAGUGAAAAAAUCGGAAUUGGAAUCAAUUCUGAACGUGCUUGAUGCCGAAUCUGACCGCAUCAUUGAAGGGUGCAGUGGUGAAGAUGUGCUUUAUGGAGGCAUGCAAGUACAAGAUGAUAAAAUGAAGACUGAAAAUAGUCCAAUAAUGUCGGAAGAUGAAUUGGUGGAGAAUCUUAAAACUUUAUUGUCUCGAUUAAUUGAUAAAGACACACUGGAGUGUUUUGGGUGGCCCAACGAGACUGUUGAUGUGGUGUUAGAGAAAGUAAUUGAACACUGUGGUGCGAAGGCAGCAGACCGAGACAGGUGGACACGCGUGCAAUGUCUACGCGAGAACACGAAACACUUGUUCCUUUACGCCGUCGAAGACAAGAACAUAGCUCGUAUGCUCGACACACACACCAUUGACCAGAUUGUCAAACAUAUUAUCAUGCAAGUCAGUGAAGACUAACUAAUAAUAAUAGAAAUAAUGAUACAUCCCAAUUCUUAAGAUUUAUUUUAAUUAUAGAUGUUGAUAGACAACGCAAGUACUUUAAUAUUUUACUAAUGAAAAGUGAGCGUGCCUUUACUGUGAACAAAUUCACGCCUCUUAUUGUUUCGAAAAUAUCACUUGUUAUAAUGUUGUUUUUGUCAAUCCUCAAAAUUUGACUCCAUAUUCCAUAUGCUGUAUGUAUAUACCUAGCAAAUCUGAAAUUUAGCCGAAAGCCAAGUAGACUCUUUCAGUUUACUAUGGCAAAAAAUAAUAUGCAUAGUACAUUACGGUUACAAUAUCUAUUUAAAUCUACAUAUAUCCUAAUUUAAACCGCGGAAGAGCAGUUUGUAAAUACCACAUAACAGCAAAUGCGCAAAAUUGAAAUAAUACGCGAAUGGCAUCAUAUAUGGAUAUCUGAAUUUAAGUUAACCAAAAAUGAACUUAAUUUUUAGCAUUGUAAUAUUAUUGCGGUUCAACAAUCUUCUUGAAAUUAGCAGCAAGCCCGUAUUUAUCAAAUAGAUGAAUAAGUCCUUAUCUGUUAUUUUUUCCCGGGUACUUACGCGUCUUCUUCGACUCUUUACUUAUUAUUAUUAUUACAGAAGUAGUUUAAUUACUUUUGUCUACACAGUUGGUUCCACGUUCACCGCUAAAUAAGCUCAUUUGCUGUAGCUCCACAAUUCCAAGGCAUGUCUCUUAACAUCUCUAAAAGCGUUGUGAUCCUUGGUGUCGACAUCUCUAAUGACGUACAGUUCCGUGGCCACCUCGAAGACAAGGUGAAGUUGGCAUUAAAAAAAACUCGGUGUCCUUAUGCCUUCACGCCGGAUCCACGAUUGAUGCUCUAUAAAUCGAAAAUCCGGCCCCACUUGGACUAUUACUGUUACUUAUGGGCGGGAGCACCUAGAUACCAGCUUUACCCUUUGACUCAAAGCAAUGUCGAGCUAUGAGAAUUGUUCCCACACUUACAAGCGGAAUCGAACCCUUAAGUUUUAGGAGAGAUUUUGCCUCACUCUGCGUGUUUUACUGCUUGUACAAGGGAUUGUGCUCAGAGAAAUUGUUCAAAAUGAUGCCCACGGCCACUUUCUACCAUCGUACGUCUCGCCAUCGAUAGGGAGUUCACUUUCAUACCAUACAGCCUAGAUGGUCGCGUACAACACAGUUUCAGAAAUGUAUUCUCAUACGAACAUUCUAGUUAUGAAAUAAGCUCUCUGCCGAGGUUUUCCCCAGAAACUGCAGCAUGGGGUUCUUCAAAAGGGGGUAAAGAGGUUUCUUCAGGGUCGGCAAAUGAUAUUAAGUCGGGUCUGGGAAUACUUGGCAUUGAUAUAACCAGCGACAUCUAGACGUCGCACACUGGCCAAAUGACCACAACACUAGUGUUGUGGUCAUUUGGCAUGCUCGCUUGCCGCUGUGACACUUUUUUUCUAAAAAGGUGUUUAUAUUUUAGAAGUUUAGUUUGUAUUAUUUUGUUAUAAUAAUAAUUCGUAAUAACUAAUAUUAAAUUUAUUCUUUGAUAAAAUGUUUCGUUUCAAACUUACAUAAUUGCUAAUAGUUGAUUACUUUUUUAGUAAUUUGUUACUACAAAAUCGUGUGUGAUUUUUUCGGAAUCUAAGGUAACUAAUGUAAGAUUACGUUAUUUUCCUAUAAAUUAGUUCGUCAAGGAGUAACGUAAAAUUCUGUCGAUAAACUAUAGAUGAAUGAUUAAGAUAUUAAGUUUUUUAUUCUUCUUGUAAAUGUAAAAACGCAGAUACGCGGUAUUUACAAACUGCUCUUACGCUAUUUUGAACGUUCAGAAACGAUAUGAGAUAUUUUUAGAGCUCGUUUUUUAUAUAUUUGUAAAGUUUAAAACGUUGAAACAUCACUUAUAUUUUUAUAUAGGUUUUUAGGUGAUAUAAUAUAGUUAUUAUUAGGAAAUAAGUGGGUAUUUAUUUAAAAAAAAAAAAUACUUAUUAUUCUUCGAAUUAAAAUUAUAUAUGUAAUUGUUGAAAAAUAUAGAAAAAAAAAUUAAGUAGCUACAGGUUGUGAAAAUAUUAUAUCCAAUUAUGUGCAAGCAACAAUAAUUUAUUAGAGGCACUACAAUAUUUAAGAUAAGUAAUUCGUCUCUAUUUCAGGAACAUUUUUAUUUAGAUUUUGUGUUUAUUUAUGUAUAUGUUAUACAAACAUUAUUACUACAUUAAUUUAAACUAUAUAGAUAGAACAGAGUGUAAAAAACGUUUCAACUUUUAGUCAACCAAACAUCAUAUUGGAUGAAAUUUUUUUUUAAUUAAAACGAACACAAUGUUAUUUUUUAUCUAUUUAGUGCAGCAACUAAUUAGAUUAAAAAAUUCCUAGAUCAGGUUGAUUUUUUUAAAUAAAAUUGGAAAUUAUAUUGGAAACUAUUUUUUUUUUUUCUGAUACAUAUAUACACACAAAUACAUGUAUUGUUUACAAAUUCAUUUACAUAUAUUAAUUAAAGUUUUCAAUUAUUUAAAAAGUAAAACAUAUUUUAUGACCAUACUCAAAUAUAAAUCAAAGAAUUCACUAAAGAUAAGCACCAUCACAAAUCAUUAUGGUCUGAUUAUCUGGUUCUUUUAAAUAUAUUAUAAGAAUUUUGUUUAGUUACUAUUUUUCAAUUUAACUUACAAUAUACUUCCUCCCAUAUAUUUAAUGAUGUAUAUUAUGGUAACUCUAUUCACACAACAUGGAUAAAAAAGUUGAUUUGUUUUUAACUAAGCAUUUGUAUGGAGAGUCUUAUCUAUAUAUAAUCUAAGGAAAAUACACUAAAACGACUGCUUCAAAUUACAGUCUUCACGUUUGUUAUACUAAAAAUGUUUGAAUUCAGGUUCAUAUUGAAUGCUUUUGGAGUAUAAGUAUUGUAGAUUCGAUAUAACAUGAGAAAUAAAUUACAGUGAAGAAGUGAAAUUAUGCAGGUCAGUUAUUAGCUUAAGGUGGACAGGGGUGCUGCUAUACAAAAUUGUGCAAUCAUGUGCCUCAUAUUUUAAGUUAUCAUUAGUUAUUAUAUACUAAGGUCAUGACUGCUACCCCGGGUGGGGUAGUCAGAGGCUUAUUGUAAGUUAUCAAAACUUUUGUUUUGACAAUCAUAGAAAUUAAAUAAUUUUUUACCUUUACUGGAGUUUAUUGUUAUGUGUAUAUACUUUUAUUAAAAAAAAAUUUACAUUUUAAAUUUAUAUAAAUAUACUCCUUUCUAUAAGCGUUUUAGGAUAAAUUAAUAAAUUAUUUGUUAAGUAUCACUUAUUUCCUGUUAAUACAUAUGUAAUUAAUGAUAUUUUCAAUGUUAACAAGAAUAAGUAAGUAUUUUUAAUUUAGUAUCUGAUAACUUUUAAUUAUAAUAUCUAAAUAUUUUAUAUUGUUUUACAAGAUUUAAAGAAUUAAACAGGUAUAUAAUUAAGAU